GAGCUGUUGAGUAGCAGAGAUCAAAUAAAACAGUUGAGCAAUCACCACAUGCCCGUGUGCCAAGAAACACACAGUGGAAUAAGUUGAGCUUCUGUCAAAUAUUUCCAGUUUUAAUUGAUUCAGCUCUUUACAUAAAAGCAGAGCUCAACGCCCUGAAGGAAACGAUGAGUGUUGGUUUAUCAGCGGGGACAGGAUAACCACGUUGUCUCGCUGGGUUUGUUCCAGGCCGCUGACCCAGUAAGAAACCUUCGCCUCUUGUGGAUCUAACUGCGUGACAGAUCAAACCUCCCUGCGCUGCAGUGUACCCCCCUCCCUUCCCAAGAGUCAAGGACAUAAUAUGACACAUCUUGAUCCCUGGGUGACUGACUGACUUACACCGAAGCCACCAUGCAGCAGUGCCACACAGGGCUCUGUCUGUCCGUUUAUAUCUUUACCUUUGUGUUGGGCUUCCCGGCCAAUGUCCUCGCCUUCUACACUUUUUGGAAGAAAGUCAGGCAGAGACCCACACCGAUUGACAUCCUGCUCCUCAACCUGACCAUCUCUGACCUCCUUUUUCUCCUGUUCCUGCCUUUCAAGAUGCAGGAAGUGAUGAACGAUAUGCUCUGGGAGAUGCCCUACGCACUAUGCCCACUGUCAGGCUUCAUCUUUUACAUGACCAUUUACAACAGCACUUUCUUCCUCACCGCUGUCAGUGUCGAGCGCUACCUGGGUGUGGCUUUCCCCAUCCAGCACAGCCUGAAGCGACGACCAGUGUAUGCUGUUGCUGCCAGCAUUUUCUUCUGGAUUUUCACUUUUCUCCACCUGAGCAUUGUGUUCAUCAUGCCCCUUAUUGGCGAUGAAAGUUCUGAACACUCAGACCAGCAGAAUAACACAUCAGACCACAAUGUCUCAGCUAGCUUUGACUUAAAUGAGAACAGUAAGGAGGUGUGUUAUGAGAACUUCACAGACGCUCAGCUAAGGGUCCUCCUGCCUGUGCGCCUGGAGCUCUGUGUGGUACUCUUCCUCAUUCCUUUCCUGAUUUGCAGUUUCUGCUACAUAAACUUCAUCAGGAUCCUGUCCAACCUGCAGCAUAUUGACCGACGUAGGCGACUCCGGGCCAUUGGCAUGGCUCUAGGAACACUGGUAGUGUUUGCUUUAUGUUUUGGCCCUUAUAACGUCUCACACAUUGUAGGUUAUAUUACAUGGAGAAGCCCUGACUGGAGAGACAAAGCCCUGCUUUGCAGUACGUUCAACGCCUGUCUAGACCCUCUUAUUUUUUACUUCUCCUCCUCUGCUGUAAGAGGGACCGUUGGGAGUGUGAUGAAAGGGGUUAAAAGUCGCCUAAACAGGUGCAUGUCCUGUCACAUGUUCCAGGCCUUGCGGGGGGGAAUUAGCAAGACUGCAAAAGAUAAGGGACACAAACAAGAGGAGAUCAAUGCUAUCUGA